GCCGCGGGCAGCCGGCGGCGCAGAGCCGCGGCUGGAAGAUGAGCCAGCACCAGGAGGCGCGUCCCGCCGAGCAGCGGCAGCUCGCCGAGGAGCUCCAGGCGCUCGGGUGGUAUCACGAUAAUCUUACCCGGCAUGCAGCAGAAGCGCUGCUUCUCUCCAACGGGCAGGAUGGAAGCUAUCUCUUGAGGAAGAGUAAUGAAAAGGAAGGCCUAUACUCCCUCUCUGUAAGGGGAAAAGAUUCUGUGAAACACUUUCAUGUGGAACAUACAGGAACUACAUUCAAAUUUGGAUUUAAUGAGUUUUCUGACUUGAAGGAAUUAGUCAUGCAUUUUGCAAAUCAGCCUUUAAUUGGAAGCGAGACAGGAACCUUAAUUGUAUUGAAGCAUCCCUAUCCACGGAAAGUCGAAGAACCUUCCAUUUAUGAGUCUGUCCGAGUUCACACAGCAAUGCAGACAGGAAGGACGGAAAACGAUCUUGUUCCAAAUGCUCCCUCACUUGGUACAAAAGAAGGAUAUUUGAUAAAACAAGGCAAAAUAGUCAAGAACUGGAAGACAAGGUGGUUUACACUGCAUAGGAAUGAACUGAAGUAUUUCAAAGACCAGACAGCCACAGAACCAAUUCGGGCACUAGACUUAACUGAAUGCUCGGCUGUACAAUUUGACUACUCCCAGGAAAGAGUGAAUUGUUUCUGCUUAGUGUUCCCUCUAAGGACAUACUACCUGUGUGCAAAAACUGGAAUAGAAGCAGAUGAGUGGAUUAAAAUACUGCGAUGGAAACUGUCACAAAUACGGAAACAACUGGAGCAGCAAAAUGCCACUCUCACGUCAUAGUUGUACCUCGAAUACUUCUCCUCUGCUGGCCCGAUUUGUCUCUUUGCUAAGGGGAAGGCAUCUGAUUAACAAGAGGACAGUUUCAAAUGUCUCCAUUGCUAGUAACGAGCAUGUGCCUGUGCGGAUACCCCUGCACGCACCGAUUUGCAUCCAGCUCUGCGCACAAAGGGUUUGUACAGCUGACCACUUUCAGGCCGUUGAGUCAUGUGUGGAGACCGUUGCAAAAUUACAAAGUUGGUUUGAUACGCAUGGUUUGCAUUUGUAACACACAUUUAAUUCAUACAUCUGCUAACCAAUCACAGAAGUAUUCACUGUUUAAAAAUUUUGUGGUAAUACAGAGCACUCCCUUGAGAAUUUGUUGCAAGCUCUAUUGCAACUAACCUUUAGCAGCAUAUUCUGCAGCCUUGAGUCUGUUAUUUAAAAUCAGUCUUUUCUGGAAACCUUAAAUAUUUCUUCUGUAUUACCUGUGUAGGAUCUAAAUUAAAAGA